CUGUAGAUGGCGAUCUUAUAUGCGGCAGUGCUUAGACGGAGGUUGGGAGGUUGGGUUACAGAAAGUAUGUGCAGCUUACUUGAUCUAAUCAUUGGGUUUUGUUUUGUUAUUAAAAUAUCUGUACGUUAUGGGAGCUUAGUAUAUUUAAAGAUCUGAUUUGUACAAGAGUAAUAUAGAGUGAAGAGCCAUGAACUCAAAUAAGAAAGGAUGGCUAUUCUGCUCUCAAAUGACAUCAUAUUAGUUGAGCCUAGAAACACCAUGAAUGUCAUCAACUAACCUGAUGGGUUCUUACCUGACUUGCCUUCUUAAUAUGGAGCAAAGUCUCUCGAGCAUAGCAUGCAAGAUGGGCUCACAUAUGGAGUCAUGACAUUCCUAUUCGACUCUCCACACCAGGGUUCUUACCACGUAGUAUGGUAUACCGUAAGAGAUGAGUGUCAUCAGCGAGAUGUUGCUAUUUAUGUCUUGAAACGGGUUUUUGUGACCCUGGUAUGAUUCUAGCUCAAGUGCCGCGUAGUAGCAGUACGUAGUCUAGUAUAUUCUUAUUUUGGCCUACGAGUCAGUGAGUGGCUUAUGAUAAUGAGACGCGUGCGUUCUUUUUCUUCUGGAAUCUUUGACAGGGUCACAUCCCGGCGCAAUCUGCCCAGAUUUGAAGAGGAUACUACUACUACCAACGAAGCAUUUUUGUGGAGGAUUUUCUCCGGGGUCUGGAAUAAAUCUACGGGUACGAUAACUGAUGGCUUACAUGUUAGAUGUAGACGUCUCUGCAUGGGCGGUAAAGAUGGAGAACUGGUUGCGAGCUGCUUUGAUCGCCAACAAAGUAAUUGAAGCUGAAAUUGAAGAAUUAAAAUUAAAUUCCGUUGAACGUUGUAAAAUCUCUGUUCAGCUGCUAUAUCAAGCCAACAAUAGUCUACAUGUCAUGAGAUCCAACAAGCCCAAUAUCAGGAAUUCUUUCAUUCGGUGCCGACAAAGUACUUGCGUGCCCGUGCGCAUUAAUAGAAUGACCUGCGCCCCACCAAGCGGAGGUGGUCAACAACUGCAAUUGGUGUACCGGCCCGGCUCUUUUUCCGCAAUGUAUGCCUCGGCGCCCCCAC